ACCCCAACCUCUGGCGGUACAUCGACUCCAACCUCUAACUCUGGGUUUUUGCCUUCUGGUCCUAGUGGACAACCAUCUGCCGUUUGGUGGCAGUCGUUUCGCAGUUCCAUGACUCGCGUCCGUGCUCAAUGGCAACGAAGCGGCUCCUGGCGAGGACCGAGAGGAGUGACGUCGAUACGUGAACGCUCUCCCCUCGUGGCAGUCGGUCAAGAUGGUGGUCUUCAUUCUUUCUUUGAGGCUUUUCAAGAUGGAUGCGUACAGCAGCUCGAUAAGCGACCACCACUACCGAGCCAACAGCAAUUCCAGGAGAAUAAAUAUCAUGACAGCUCUUCUUGUGGGGACGAUAUCGUUGUUAAUGAUGACAAAUUUGAAGCUCUUCGUAGCGUGGAGGCCGUCACCAAGACUGCCGUUGUCGAUCAGCUUUGCUUGGUGCCAGAUGAUAAUUCUUUGAUCGUGCAAGGCAGGCCACAGACUUCAACUCUGACGCCGUCGGUGCAGUCUUCGGUCCAAUCAACGCCAAAUUUAGUUAAACUCGCUCCUCGAGGUUGAAACUCGGCUUAG